GCUGAGCCUCAGCUGCAUGCGGAGCUGAAGCGUCUCCUUUUGUUCCCGCUGCACCUUGGACAAAUGGGGAAGGACCGGAGCUUCUCUCGGCAUUUUCGGAUUUUCAUCCCCAAAAAACACCGGCAGCGCUUCGAUGAGGUGGUGUCACAGAGCCUGAUCAGCAAGCUGUGCCGCUCCAAGAGUGAACAGCACAGCAACCGCCUGCGGCGCAGCCGGAGCGAGGACCACCAGGAGAGGCUGCUCGUGUCCACCCGCGCCAGCUCUGUGCCCCGCAGCCACGAGGAGCUCAGCAAGAGCCUGCGGAAAACCACCUCGCUCAUCACCAGCAAUGUGGCCUCAGGGGCUGCGCGCAGGACGGUGCGAGUUUAUAAAGGCAACAAAAGCUUUGGCUUCACGCUGCGCGGACAUGCACCAGUGUGGAUCGAGUCCGUUCUGCCAGGAAGUCCGGCUGAGAAGGCUGCACUCAAACCUGGAGACCGAAUCCUAUUUCUUAAUGGCCUGGACAUGAGGAACUGCUCUCAUGACAAGGUGGUGUCGAUGCUGCAGGGCAGCGGGGCGAUGCCCACCUUGGUGGUGGAAGAGGGCAUCGUCAAUUUCUCCAGCGACUCUGACUCUGCCGACUCCCCGACCAGCUCCUCUGCGCUCACCUCCCUGCAGUGGGUGGCAGAGAUCCUCCCCUCUAGCAUCAAGAUUCAAGGGAGGACCUUCAACCAGCAGCUGGAGCACCUGCUCACCCCACCUGAGCGCUGUACCAUCUGCAAAGCACUGGAGAGCUUCUUCCAACAUCGGAACAUUGACACUCUUAUUGUGGAUGUGUACCCGGUGCUGGACACACCAGCCAAGCAAGUCAUUUGGCAGUUUAUCUACCAGCUGCUGACGUACGAAGAGCAGGAGCACUGCCAGCAAAAGAUUGCCAGGUUUCUUGGUUACAAGUCCUUGGCAGCUGAGCCCGAGGCAGAGGAACGCUACCGCAGCUCAGUGCGAGGGGCAUCGUUGUGCCGGAGCAGCCUCCGGACCAACCGCCCUGAGGAAGGAGGGGCUGCAGGGCAGAGUGACACCGUGGAGGUCCCGGUUCGCUUGAUCCCCGGAGAGAGGCAGGCUGGCGAUGGCACGUCUCUGCCAGAGACACCCAACCCCAAAAUGAUGUCGGCUGUCUAUGCAGAACUGGAGAACCGCCUGCUGGGCAGCUUCUCCAGCAAGGUGGGCAAUGCUGCUCUGCACCACGCAUCGUCCCCAGCCCCCGACCCGGCGCAUGCUGCAGGUAGCGCCCGAUUUUCCUCAGCUCUGGAGAGAGGCAGACGUGGGGGGGUCUCCAGUGGCAGCAGGAACCGCCCGGCAGCGCCCUGUCCCGCAGGUGCCCGCAGAUCAGGGGUGCCCGUCUCAUGGCCAAGCGACCCGCUGGCCGCCCAGCAGUGCUACUACCGCCUGCACAGCAGCCUGCGGUCCCCGAGCAGCACCGAGUCCAAUCCCUACGUCAGCCUGGACAGCAGCCCGGCCCCGUCCCCCCAGCACCGGCCCUACCCGCUCAGCCCGCUGUCGCGGCGCAAGAAGCUCUUCACCUUCUCCAGGCCGCCACGCAGCCGCGACACUGACCGCUUCCUGGAUGCUCUCAGCGAGCAGCUGGGACACCGUGUGACCAUCGUGGAUGAUUUCCUCACCCCCGAGAAUGACUACGAGGAGAUGAGCUUCCACGAUGACCAGGGCAGCUAUGUCACCAACGACGUCAGCAGCAGCGAGUACAUCAGCAGCAGUGAUGAGGGCAGCUCCCUCACCUACUCCACGCUGUCGGACCACAUCCCCCCACCUCCGCUCAGCCCCCCGCCCCCGCCGCCCCCCCUGCAGUUCCAUGACCCCCAACCUGUCCCUGCCAAGGCCGAGCCCCCCAAGGCCAGCACCUCUUCUGCCCCCAAGCCCCUGGUGGGCCACCUGCACCCCGUUCCGCCUCCGCCUCCCCCCCCGCCUCCCCCACCUGUGCCCUGCGCCCCCCCCCUGCACCGGGGGCUGCUGCACCGCCGGAGUGAGACCAACCACAUGAGUGUCAAGAGGCUGCGGUGGGAGCAGGUGGAGAACUCGGAGGGGACCAUCUGGGGACAGCUCGGGGAGGACUCAGACUAUGACAAGCUGAGCGACAUGGUCAAAUACCUCGACCUGGAGCUUCAUUUCGGGACGCAGAAGCCAACCAUUUCUCUUCCAGAGCCAACUUUCAUGCCUGAAACAUUUAAAAAGAAAGACGUGGUUGAAAUUUUGUCCCACAAAAAGGCCUACAACACAUCCAUCCUGAUCGCCCACCUGAAGCUCUCACACAUGGAACUGCGUCAGAUCCUCAUGACGAUGGAGACGGACCGCCUGGAGCCUUCCCACAUCAAGCAGCUCCUGCUGUACGCCCCGGAUGGGGAAGAGGUGCAGCGCUUCCAGAGCUACAAGGAGAACCCCGGCAAGCUGAGCGAGCCUGACCAGUUCGUGCUGCAGAUGCUGUCAGUACCAGAGUACAAGAUCCGACUGCGCAGCCUUCACUUUAAGACCACUCUGCAGGAGAAGACGGAGGAGAUCAAAGCGAGCUAUGAAUGUAUUUGCAAGGCCUCUCUGGAGCUGAAAAGUAGCAAGAAGCUGGCAAAGAUCCUGGAGUUUGUGCUGGCCAUGGGAAACUACCUGAACAACGGGCAGCCCAAGACCAGCAAAACGACAGGCUUCAAAAUCAACUUCCUCACAGAGCUGAACACAACCAAGACCGUUGAUGGGAAAUCCACCUUCCUGCACAUCCUUGCCAAAUCUCUCAGCCAACACUUCCCAGAGCUUCUGGGCUUUGCCAAGGAUCUUCCCACAGUGCCGCUCGCUGCCAAAGUGAACCAGAGAACACUGACAGCCGACCUGAAGGACCUUCACACCACUGUCACUGACAUCCAGAUGGCCUGCCACAGCAUGCCAGCCACCGCCGAGGACCGAUUUGCUAUCGUGAUGACCUCCUUCCUGGAGAGCGCGCAGCCCGCCAUGCGCUCACUGGACGACCUGCAGCACAGGGCCAUGGAGGAGUUCAGCAAGGUGCUGUCUUUCUUUGGGGAAGACUCCAAAAUGACAACUUCAGAAGCUUUCUUCGGCAUUUUUGCAGAAUUCAUGAGCAAGUUUGAGCGGGCACUCACGGAUGUGCAGGUUGGAGACAGCCAGCGCAGCCCCAGGAUGACAUCCCCCCUUGCCUGGUGACAACAUGAGGCGCAAGGAUUCGUUGCCAAUGAAGUGCAAUUUGCUCCCAUUGAGUUUGGUUGUAAAUAGGCUGCUGCCACCUGCCACCAUCGAGCAGAACCGCAGGGGCCGGGGCAGCCUGGAUGCUGAGCACACGUGUGGAUGGCUGCAGAUGGAGACGAGGCUGAGACACUGGUGCACAAAGGGAAACCCUGUGCUGGUUUGAUGGCAUCCUUCUUAGCGUCAUUCAUUUCUAGUGUAUCACAGAAUCAAGGAUUGCAGACACAUCUGGGUGAAACCCCGCUGCCCUGUGUUCCCAUGGCACACACUGCUGGCACCAGGGCUCACUGGAGCCCUGUCACUCAUCCCCACAACCACGUUCUGUGUGGUUGUGCAAUGUCCCAGCCUCUCAUGCAGGGUGUGUCCCCAGUGUUCCCCUUGCAGGUGCAGAGCCCUGGUGCCAGGUGCCCAAGCUGGAAGCACCAGGGAUGGGGUACACUGUGCAGCAAUGCUGUGGCGAUGGGAAGAAAUGAGACCUUGCAGAACCCCAGUGACACAAUAUGUAGUCCUAAAUGAAGAUCCAGGCUGGUUUUGCCCAGCUGCUCAGGGGAGCAAGAAAAGCCCCACAGCCCUUCCUGGCCAUCAGCUUUGCAUAAGAGUUUGUCAGUGACUGACAGAAAUCUUCCCAGUAAUCUGACAUCAUCAGCACUAGACUUAUCCGAACUCACCAGGAGCCAGGGAUCCCUGAGCAUUUUGGCGCCUCCUUGGAAAGCACAAAAUCUUUGGUAGCUUAAAAAUGAACGGGAGCCCUCUGAUGCCCUGGUACUGCCCUGAGAGCAGCAGAGAGCAGCCAGAAGCACCCCGUGCCUUCUGGAACCCGCUCCCAGGGCUUGGGGAUGUACAAUGACUUGAGCAGUCCGUGCAGGCUGUCUCAGGGGCCUGAUGCACACCCAUCCUGCAGCAGCGGCUGUUUGCUGUAAUCAAGGCAAUUCCCCGCCAGAUGUCCCUGGACAAAGGGCUAGCAGCACCCUGCAGUCCGUGCACGUGCCUCCAGACCACGCAGCGCCCGCCAGCUUUGCGGCACAACACCGCAGUGCGUUACACAGCGAGGCUCUGCUCGGUGCACAGCGCAGCCACUGCUGUGUGCAUCCCACCCACCUGAGCCCCCCACUCGCUGACGCCUAGGUGACCCCCCCAUGCCGAUGCCAGAGUGAGAGCUCUUACUGUGCUGAAACACACUGUUACCAACCUGUGCAUUAUUUAUGGGAGACCUUAUAACCCUCAAAUCUUCUGUUUUCAAUACUUUUUUUUAACCCUUCUCCCCACGUGUUUUUGGUUUAUACAGCUGUAAGUGCCAGGCGGUUCCCAGCCUCGUGCUGUCAGAGCUCUUCUGUCCCCCAGUGAUGGUGCAGUGCAAUGCGCACCCAUCUGCACUUCAUGGUUUGGAUGUUCUCACUGCAUUCAGGUUUUGGUUUUUGGUUUUGUUUUUUUUUUGUAAAAAUGUAUUAAAAAUUCAAACCGCUGGAGGUUAUUAUGCAACCAUCAUUAAAAAUGUGAAAGUGCUGUAAAUAGAUUUUGCUACGUGUUGUAACUUUCCAGGAUAGCUAGAGCCCCGGCCUCCUUGGUGUUUUUAUGUGAAUAUUUUCAAAUUUCAAAACCCAGAACUUCUGAGAUACGGUUCUAUCAUUUGAUAAUGGGACUGUGUGUAUUC